CCUAGCUCCCGACAGAGCUUUACUAAACGGAUACUUAACCAGCACCUGUCAGACACCCCUUGUUCAAGCUCCAACCUGCUGCUAUGUGUAAAGGACUUUCAUCGCUGCCUACCUGCUGCUUGGAAAGGGCCAAGGAGUUGAAAGCAAGGCUGGGAAGCAUUUUGCAAAAGCCCAACUGGACUCUUUCCUGUUGCAAGAUAGGAAAAAAUAAGCCAACCCUGGAAGAAUGUCUUAGGUGUAAGGAGUCCUUUGAAAAGCUCCUUUUAAGCAAACAUGGACUGUGUGCCUUCACAGCAUUUCUUGUAUCUGAGUUCAGCGAGGAGAACAUUGCGUUCUACUUUGCCUGUGAAGAUUACAGAAGAACCAGGUGUCCUGCUAAACUCCCUGCUAAAGCCCAGAAAAUCUAUGAUGAAUUCAUUGGCAGUGAAGCUCCACGAGAGAUAAAUAUUGACCAUGAAACCCGUGACAUCACCAAAGUCAACAUGCAAGCUCCUUCACCUUCUUGUUUUGACCAAGCCCAGUACAAAAUCUACAUGCUAAUGGCCAAAGACUGCUACCCUCGCUUCCUCCGCUCUCCUGCCUACAGAGAUCUACUGUGCCAAGCCAAACCCAGCACCAAGACUACUAAGCAUCAGCAGCAUCAUAAGAAGGUGUGAAAUGUUUUCAUGGGCUUUAGAGGGACCACGAGUCACUUUAUUUAUUGAAAAUGCAAGGAAGGCACGGCAUUUGGUGCUGCAUUAUGAAGCUGGUGCCAGCAACAGCGCAGAUGCAGAGAUUGCUGUGACGAAAGCAGAAGUGGAUGGGCCUGUACUGCAGAGGAUGUCUCCACAAAGACAUUAUGGGGUUGAAAAUUGAAGAAAGGUAGAUGGGAAAGUAGAGGGCUGUUGUCAUAAAGUCAACUAACGUGCCUCUACAGAUGAAGUUUAGAGGGCAAAGCUAAAGAGACUGAAUGACAAUCAAAAAAAGGGAGAACAGAAAUGGGGAAAAAGCACUUUUAUUCACCAUUAGGCAACCUUUUUUUUCAGUUUUGAUGUGAAAUGUACUGUCAAAGUUGUGCAAUGUUUCUUUUUUAACAGCCCUAUGGGGUACUUUGUAUUUAUUUGUAUUUAUUUACCUGUAAUUAUAUUUGUCGUAAUAUAAAUUUUUACAAAAGAAAAGAUGAAAAAGUUUAAUUUCUGAAAUAUUUAUAUCCUUGUCAUUUUUUACAUGCAAGCAAAUCAACCGAACUAUUUGAAAAAUAAAGUGAAAAGUGGAAAAAAUGUCCCCGUUUAUUUAAACAAAAAUCUAAUUUUGAACUUGCAUCUGUGGGCUGAAAGAUGAUUUGCUUAGCAAAGCAAAAGGUUGAAGUGCAACACAGAAGCCUGAUCAAUAAACCAGUUAUGACACUUUUAGCCACGUCCAUAAGGAUCUCACAUCUCGUUUACCCCAGUAACACACAUGAAACACUGAAUAGAAACACCCAGUCAGGUAAAAUUACAACGUAAUUGUGCAAAUAACCAGACAGCUUGUGUAAUCAAUCACAUUAUCGGGUAUAGAGAUGACCGUGGCAUAUUUGUCAUCUUUUAUGAGUCAUUCUGUAGAUGGUGUUGUGCAAAACUGUUGUUCACCU